AUGGACGUUGUUAACGAGUUGUGUGAUCUUCUGCAGUCACAUGCGAGUCGGGAUAAAGUGGUCGGUCUAACAUGUUACGCACUGAAGUUAUGGGGCUCCACGUCAAACAAGCAGAGUUUGCUGACCGCAAGCGCUCGGCUCGCCUCCGCGCGGGCCACUCUUCGACUCUUUGAUGACCCUGCUGCAAUUAAAGUGCUACAAACUUAUGGACUUGGGAGACAUGAAGGACCAUGGUGGGGAACACUAGGAGUCACCAACAGCCUGUUCACAUUAGCGUAUCUACAAGCUGAGAAACUGAUAUGGCUGAUCGACACUGGCGUGUUGAAGAUCAAAGACGACCAAGCUUCUAACAUUCGGAUAGCGCAUAAGCUAUUCUGGUCACUGUCUGCUUUUGUCGGGUUUAUAAGAUCAAUCCGCACUCUGCAUAUAGCGGCGCAAAAUCUUAAGAAGAACCGAACAAAAUGUGCCCCAACGCGCUUCACGCAAGCCACUCUCACCAGCACCAAGUUUGCGCUCGACAUUAUCCACAUAGUGAACUGGCUGCCGAAAGGAUGGUUGUGGGGAAGCACCAUGAAGACAUCUCAUGCUGCAGCGGUGGCUACAGCCUCUGGGGUUAUGGCAUUUGUAAUACAUUAUAAUGGGAAGCGUUUGCUCCCCCGGUAA